AUGACGACGAUGCAGAGGGUAGACGCGAUGUUGGGACGGUUUGACCGCAAGUCCCCACGCGCGAGCUACGCACAGAUCUGCGAGGAGAUGGGAAUUAACCGUCAGAGGCACGUCUCGCUCCUACUCAGUGAUGCACCACGCGACUGGGAUAAGCACCGUGUGAUUGACUGCUCCAAGUGUGUUCUCGGUGCGAAGGGUUGCUUGGCCGUAUUGCCGCUUGUACUUUGCAGCCGUUCGCUCCGCCGUGUCUCGUUCAGUGGCUGCCACGUCACGGAUGAAUUUGUCUCUGAACUUGCCGAGAUCCUGCAGGACCAUCAAUCGAUUCGAAGCAUUGACGUGAGCAACAACCCACUUGUGACGGUAUGCAGCGCGAGCCCCAUCAUUAGAAUGUUGCGCGCUAACAAGAAUGUCGUUCGGUUUUGUGUGGAGGACACCCACAUUGGUACUAAUGUCAUGAACAUUAUCGACGACCUCUGCGAUAAGAACCAGAAUGAAGUGGCCAACUACUACGCCGAUGACUACUUCCGUAUGAAAUAUCUCUUCAAUUAUCUCGACGGUGAUGCCUCCGGAUGGGUAUCAAUGCGCAGUCUGGUGCUUAAUGCCCCAUUCCCUGUGCUUCAGGAGCAGUUGAUUGAGAGAAUAGCGGCGAAGCGGCCAAAGAAGCGCUCCAACGGUACAAUUUCUGUCAACACCUUUCUUGAGCUUGUCUACUUCAACUACAAAACGGACGUGGAGAUUGCCCGCCGCAUGGCUGAAACGGAUGUUGAGUACCGUAAUAUUAUCCUUAACUGGAAGCACCUCCUCGAUGCCAUGGAUUCACCGGAGGGCGAGCCUGAAGGAAAGAAACAGAACGACGAUGAGGAGGAUGAGGAAGAAUUCGCCGAGUUGGAAGACCCCGAAGAAGAAAACGAAAAAGUCCCGCUCCCUGGUAAGCUCCCUAUUGUUCCGCCCGCCGAUUUCCACCGGCUGCGUAUCCGCAGCGUUGAGUUGACACCUGCUGAGGCUCGCGGGAUUAUUGCUCUGGCGGUAAAGCUCCAGAUCGAUGCUGACGCCCGCAACGAAGAGGAGGAGAGCACCACUGAGCCCCGAAAGGAAAUAAAACUUACAUACCAAUGUCUUCGCCGGGCAUACCGCACCAUUUCGCAGCCGCAGCCGCUCCCUCGACGUUUCCGCUUCCUUAAGGAGCACGGUGAGGAUUACGUCCCACCCAUGAUGCGCGCGGGGUCGCGGCUCAUCAGUAUUUCCAAACUGUCCUUCCUUGACAGUCAUUCUUCCAAUGCCAGUUUUGAUGCCAAUGAAACUAUGGAGGAAUCGGUCCUCGAUGGUGACGAGAACCGAACGCGCUGGUGGGCCCUUCCUCCUGCAAUGGUGCGCCUCAUUUCAAAGUUCUUCAACGAUCGGGCGGCGGAGCUGCCGAAGCGACGGCAAACAACUCUCGCCAUAUCUCCACGAACGCAGCGUGACCUUGCUAUGGAAAAGACAACUAUUCCUGUCCCCUUGUUCCUUUCGGCGGAGUUCACGACUGACCUUGAGACGUUGAAGCCGCGGUUGCUCACUGACCGCUUCCUGCAGUACGGUAUUCCCAUCGAAGAAUCUACCAUCACACUGCAGGAGAUGGUAAACUGCCUCAAUGAGUACUACCUAGAGGCGUCGGUUGACAAGCGACUCUCCGUAAAGGCCAUCCGCAUGAUGACGAUGCCAGAUGCCGAUGGCGCAGCGGAUUCUAAUAAGGGUUCUUUGGACACGGGCUCUGUCCCCAAGAUCACUUUGGAUAAAUCGCAGAUCUCUAAAGCCUCCACUGAUACGGCAGCCUUCGCACCUUAG